AUAAUAGGCUGCACCACAAAUUUCAGUCGUCACUCCACUUGAAAGCUUCGUCCACGAUUCUACGCUCAACUUUGUUCGAUUCGUAAUUGAACUUAACAUUUUCCAGCGACCAUGGCAUUUCCCACUUCCUUAUUCUUGGUGGCGACAGUUUGCUGUCUCACCAUCGUGAACGCAGCCGGAGAGACUCUCAGACCACUUCCUUCCGACGCCAAUCGCCAGCAAUUCAACCAAAUGUUCAUGGUGGCUCCAACUCAUUUGGGCUACAACCAAUACCAUCCAUAUGGAGACCAAGUGAUGAUGCAACCAUCCGCUGGAGGUUUUUAUCCAUACUAUCCACUUGCUGCUGGUUGGCGUUAUCCAUCGGUGGAUCAAGGUGAAUUUACCAAAUUGGAAUUGAGCGAUCGAGCUGCCAGAGAUGCUAUUAUAAUCGUUCCAGCAAACGCAGAAUGCCUUUCCGCUACUAUUGAGGCUGAUGGCAUUGGUCCCUGCGUGAAAACCUCGGGAGCUAAGCGCGGGUCGAUUUCGAUCAAGUUGCCCGCAAACGGUCAGACCGCAGUUGUUGCCAUCGUGCGGUCAUCAACUUCGCGAAUCACGCUCAGAUGUUCAGAGAUGAAUGUCGUGUCAGCCUUUACCCAAACUGGCAGAAUCGCCGAUAAAUCCGUAGUACGGACAGAGACCGGCGUCAUGCAACUGGUGGUGACUAGCACUGGGGCCAACGGCGUUAUGAAAUGCACCUGGUAAUUAUCCUCCUCCCAUACAUUCGGCAGACCACACACCCGUAAUAUAAACAUAUCGCUAUAUCAAGAUCGUUUGUCAGUGUUGUCACCGGUUGUCACACUAUCAAUAAUGAUGUGUCUUUAUAUUUAUUUAUUUCACCAGCGGAAAAACCGCGGCUGAUGCAUUUCACUAUUGUAACCGAAAUUCAUUUGCCGGUUUUUUUGUUUCAAACUUGAACGAAAUAAAUUUUCUACAAAAGA